CCAGUCAAACUGUUCAAGCUCACACCCAAAGCUGACAUUUGAUCAUCAGCUAACCGAGUUUCUCCCUCUUUUCUCUCCCCGAUUUUCCUCUCCGAUCAACGCAAUGUCAGCCAGGAAGGGUAGCUCGAAGAAGCGCGCCGCCGCUACAGCAACCGCUAAGUCGCCGCCUAAGGUGCGUGUCAAGGAAGAAAUCGGUCCCGGUCUCUCAAGGUUUCGCGAUGGUUUCCGUAACCAGUGCGAUGACAAUUGCAGCGAUCUCAAGGGAAUCAUGUCGGCGCUGCACCAGUUCGGAGAGAAAACAGAGAAGGAGGAGACGAUUCCCAGGACGAAGCUCAAUGAUUUGACGUCAAUUGAGAAGAAUAGGCAAAGCUUUGUUAAGGCGAUUCAGAAGAGUUCCAAAGAGUGCGAAAAUUACGGCAAGAGCGAGUCUGCCAAGAUUCAGGACACCCUUGCGAAGUUUGCCAAGGAGAAAGCAGCUCGCAUGCAGUCACUGCAAGAUACCUUGUCCAGAUUUGAAGAAGACCAGGAGAAGCUGGUCACGCGAUAUGAACAGCUGAAGAAGAAAGAGAAGAGCAUGCUAGCCGAACACUGGAAAGCUGGCGAGGAGAUGAUUGCUAAACUGCAGGAAUCUCUCAAGAAAAUGGAAGACGUAGCUUUCAACAGCAUAAGAAAAACGCUUUUCCUGGACGACGCCUCCGAUGGGGACUUCCCACUAGAUGAUUGAACCGCGACAAUCUCUGUGUCUCUCUCUCAAGAGGAGCAGCGAACCGCCGAAGAUCCAUACUGGUACAUAAGCAGCACAGGGCAGUAUCCACAAUUAACAAGCCCAACUUCGUGAGCUACAAGCAACAACACAAAAAACAACCACAGUCCCAACAGUUAAGUCAUCUCAUCUUUACUAUUCUACACUUAGAACUCCGCUCCAUACUCUACCGAACUGUUUAGUAAGAGGAGUAGCUAAUGUUCUCGCUUAGGGCAGUAUGUGGUGACCUUAUUCAAAUUCAACCUAUGUGAAAUUGAAAGUUCAACACAGGAGGAUUGACUAGGGGAAGAAGAAGAAGAAGAAGAAGAAGACUCGCUAGCUAACCUUCCAGCACAAAAUUGAGAGAGUCGCAACAGCCGCAUUUCACGUGCUUGGCCCCUUUUUGAUAGGCUAGAAGGCGUUGGCACGAACCACAGACCAUCUGAGCAAUCUCUGCAUCUCCCACAGUCCCCAAAAACAAUUUUUAACAGACCACAAACCGCCUAAGUUCCUAGAGUAUGUAGAACUUGUAGAACGAGAGAUUGGACCUGAUUCGAGUAUGUUAGGAGACGGCGCCUCACCUGAAUGUGGUGGCUGGAGUAUAGGUGCCGUCGGCGCGGUGGUUGGCGGCGGCGGAGACGGCGGUGGAGGGAGUGGGGGAGGUGAAGUAGGUUUCUCCUCCGAUGGAUCUGGCGGAGGAGGGAUCGAUUGCCACCCUGGCGGUGGGCCGUCGUCGUCCUCCAGCUGCAUAGAUUCUUCCGCGCCGUUCCUCUCGUUCUCCUCCUCCAUGUCAGCUUUGCACAAACAGGGAUGCGAUGGGCGCUUGUCGAACGAAGACGGAGAAAACUAAAAAAACCAGUUAGGAUGUUUUGGGGAGAAACUGCACCGUUUUGCCUUCAAAAAGUGAAAGAGUAGAUACAAUGAAAACCGUGCUCGGAAAAUAGAUCGGAUCGUUGAAAAAUAGUGAACCAAAAAGGACGGAACAAUUUGUUUUGGACUUUAAACCGUCAAAUAGUGAACCAGAAAUAGUGAAAAAACAUUAUAUAUGUAUCAUAAAUCUCAAAUAUAUAUGUUGACAAAAACAAUGACCCUUU